AUGUUAGCAAAUACCAAAGAACAAGAUUAUUAUUCAUCACUCUCAUAUAUUAAAAAAAUUCUUGGGAUUUCUUCAUCAAUAACGUUCGAUUCUUUAGCCUCGAGAUUUGGAUGCCCGAGAAUUAUUCCGUAUGUGGAAAAUAUGCUAGAAAUUUUCAAAAAAGAAUGGUGUAAAGACUUAAGCGCAGCUGGUAAACGAGGAAUAAAUUGGAAUGAUGAUAUUUAUAAAGUUGCAGUAUUUUGGUGUUGCAGUAAAAUUGUAGGGGGGCAAGGUCGGAUUAAUCAAGAAGAAUUAAUUAGUUCACCAGAUUUUUCUACAUCUCAUCUCGAAUUUCAACGGGAACUUAAUAUUGUAUUCAUAAAGUCAUAUUCUUCAAAGCGAAAAAACAUUGAAGAAGAAAAUAUCAAAAUAAGUAAAAAAAUAAGAGAAACAUCCGAUGAUGAAUCACCUAAAAGUACAAAGACUAUUAAUGGAAUAAGG